AUGUCUCACCGUCAAGAUGACGAGGAGCAACCUCUUUUACGUCCCGACGUUCCCAGAGCCCACUCUGGAGCAUGUUACACGGCUGCAGAGAGCGCAAGCCAGACCAGCGAUGAUAGCGUCCCAGAUCCAGAAGCACAGAAGAUCUCGUUUGGGCCAAAAGACGAGUCCAACCCAAAGGCCUGGUCCAAGAAGAAGAAGCUGGUCAACGUGGCCAUCAUUGCUUUGAUGGCCAUACUCACUCCGCUUGCCAGCUCCAUGUUCACGCCGGGCAUCGCACAGAUCGCACAAGACCUACGCACCGACGAGCAGUCGGUCAUCGCCACCACCACUGGGUUUGUGAUCAUGUCAGGUUUUGGGCCGUUGGUGCUCGCGCCAUUCUCCGAGACGUUCGGACGUCGAGUGCUCUACAUCUGGUGUUUUGCGGUGUUUACGGUCCUGCAGAUAGGGGCGGCUGUGAGUCCGAAUGUCGGCACGCUUAUUGGAUUGAGAGCUGUCUCUGGAUUUUUUGGGAGUGUUGGGUUGGCCAACGGAGGUGGAACCAUCUCUGACAUGUACGAGCCCUCACAGCGGGCAGGUGUUUUUGGUUGGUAUCUGCUGGGUCCGCUGUUGGGUCCAACUUUGGGUCCUCUUUUCGGAGGCGUCAUUGUUAGUCGACUAGGCUGGAGAUGGAUAUACUGGAUCCUUACCAUUGUUUGCGCUGUGAAUACCGGCAUAGGGUACUUCUUGCUUCGAGAAACAUACGUACCAGUCCUUCUCGGCCGGCGGAAAGCGCAGCUUCAAGAAGAUACCGGAAAGAACUCCAAGAUCUAUUUCGAUGGUGAAGACGAGCGUCCGCUGUGGAAGAAACUCCGGGCUAGCAUGAAACGGCCGUUCGUCAUCUUCGUGCAGCCGAUCGUUUUGACCAUGAGCUCGUACCAGGCUCUGAUAUUUGGCACGACUUACAGCAUCUAUACCAACAUGCAGAAGAUUUAUUCGGAUGCGCCCUACAACUUCAAUUCGGAGCAGAUUGGACUACUGUAUCUGGGCGCGGGAUUGGGCUUCUUGACUUCUGUGCGACUCUUGGUCCCUCGCAUCGACACCGUGUUCAAUCGCCUGACGAAACAGAACGGCGGAAAAUCGCUACCUGAAUUCAGGUUGCCUCUCGCCAACGUAGGCAGCAUCUUGAUUCCUGUGAGUCUUUUCUGGUUUGCAUGGACGGUAGAGUACCGUGUGCACUGGAUGGCCAGCAUCACAGCAACGUAUUUCUACGGCGUCGGACAAGUCGUGGUUUUCAACGCGGUUCAAAACUACUACAUUGACUCGUUCUCAGAAUACGCCGCCUCUGCCAUUGCAGGAGGCUCUGUAUUCCGGAGUCUGGUCGGCGGAGUCGUUCCGUUGUUUGCACCUAAACUGUUUGAUAAGGUCGGAUAUGGCUGGGGGAUCAGCUGCUUUGGGUUUGUGGCAGUUCUGAUCGCGCCGAGUCCUUUGUUGUUCUAUUACUUUGGAGCGCGAAUCCGGGAGAGGUUUCGAUUGACAUUCUAG